AGCAGGAGCGGGCGCGGGCGCAGGAGGAGGAGGUGGUGGUGGUGGAGGCAGUGGUUAGACAUGAACGCCGCCUCGGCGCCGGCGGUGCACGGAGAGCCCCUUCUCGCGCGCGGGCGGUUUGUGUGAUUUUGCUAAAAUGCAUCACCAACAGCGAAUGGCUGCCUUAGGGACGGACAAAGAGCUGAGUGAUUUACUGGAUUUCAGUGCGAUGUUUUCACCUCCUGUGAGCAGUGGGAAAAAUGGACCAACUUCUUUGGCGAGUGGACAUUUUACUGGCUCAAAUGUAGAAGACAGAAGUAGCUCAGGGUCCUGGGGGAAUGGAGGACAUCCAAGCCCGUCCAGGAACUAUGGAGAUGGGACUCCCUAUGACCACAUGACCAGCAGGGACCUUGGGUCACAUGACAAUCUCUCCCCACCUUUUGUCAAUUCCAGAAUACAAAGUAAAACAGAAAGGGGCUCAUACUCAUCUUAUGGGAGAGAAUCAAACUUACAGGGUUGCCACCAGCAGAGUCUCCUUGGAGGUGACAUGGAUAUGGGCACCCCAGGAACCCUGUCGCCCACCAAACCUGGCUCCCAGUAUUAUCAGUAUUCUAGCAAUAACCCCCGAAGGAGGCCUCUUCACGGUGGUGCCAUGGAGGUGCAGACAAAGAAAGUUCGAAAAGUUCCUCCAGGUUUGCCAUCCUCAGAGUGUCUCUAUCAGGCCAAGACACCUAGUCAGCUGUUUCUAUCAUUAGACUUAUCGCUCUACAAAGUUUGUGUUGGAAAUGGCCAUCACAGCAGUGACCCUUGGAGCUCCUCCAGUGGGAUGAAUCAGCCUGGCUACGGAGGAAUGUUGGGCAGUUCUUCUCAUAUUCCACAGUCUAGCAGCUACUGUAGCUUGCAUCCACACGAACGCUUGAGCUAUCCAUCACACUCCUCAGCAGACAUCAAUUCCAGUCUUCCUCCAAUGUCCACUUUCCACCGUAGUGGCACAAACCAUUACAGCACCUCUUCCUGUACGCCUCCUGCCAACGGGACAGACAGUAUAAUGGCAAAUAGAGGAAGCGGGGCCGCCGGCAGCUCCCAGACUGGAGAUGCUCUGGGGAAAGCACUUGCUUCGAUCUAUUCUCCAGAUCACACUAACAACAGCUUUUCAUCAAACCCUUCAACUCCUGUUGGCUCUCCUCCUUCUCUCUCAGGUACUGUACCUAAAUUCAAUCCCAUCAUGGUACCGGUGUAUGAAAACAAUUUCCCUCUUGUACUUCCUGGUGCGGCAGGUGGAAACUCCUUCCCUCCAAAAGCUCAAAACAGAACAUUUCCAAACAGAAAAAUGGAAAGGUCUGUCUUUUCCACUGCCAUAUGA